UUGGUCAGAAUCGGUCGUUUGGAAGAAGGGGAAAUCACUCCUUCAGUUGGACGUUCGCCGAGCGGCACCAUCGCCGGAAUUUCAGAGACCUGUUCCUUACAGUCGGAGCUUCCGCCUUUGAAUUUGCCGUCGGUCAUUCAAAACACCACUUUGAAAAGCGGCGAAACACAAGCCGAAAACCCUCAGCUCAUCAUUGAAGGUGACAAAAUCACAUCCCUACACGUGGCGAACCAAUCUCCCAUUGGGCCAAAAAACCACACUCUGCUUGGGCCUAAUCCGCAGAGGAAGCAAAAAGAAGCAAAGGAAAAAGAGAGAAAAGAAAGACAGGAAAGAGAGAAAAGAAAGAGAGAGGAGAAAGAAAGAGAGGAAAGGGAGGAGAAAGAGAGACAAAAGAAAAGGAGGGAAGAGAAUGAGAGAGAAAAGAAGGAGAGAGAGGAGGAGCAAGAGAAGAAGAGGAAAGAGGAGGAGCAAGAGAAGAAGAGGAAAGAGGAGGAAGAAAGAGAGCAGAAACAGAGAGAGGAGAAAGAGAGACAGCAGAAAGAGAGAGAGAUGAAAGAGAGAGAGGAGAAAGAAAGAGUGGAAAGAGAGGAGAAAGAGAGACAAAAGAAAAGGAUGGAAGAGAAUGAGAGACAAAAGAAGGAGAGAGAGGAGGAGCAAGAGAAGAAGAGGAAAGAGGAGGAGCAAGAGAAGAAGAGGAAAGAGGAGAAAGAAAGAGACCAGAAACUAAGAGAGGAGAAAGAGAAACAGCAGAAAGAAAGAGAGCUGAGAGAGAGAGAGGAGAAGGAUAGACAAGAGAGAGAGAAGAAAGAGAGAGAAGACAAAAUGAGA